AUGGCACUCCCGUUAUACAAGUCUGUUCGCAGGCUACUUUCGAAAUAUGUUGCAAGAUUACUAGAUCAGCAAGCCUACCAGGCUAAAGCAAAGAACCUCGUCGACUCAAGCAAAGAGAGCUCGUCUAUUGGAUAUGAGGAUACGAGCUCUUCACUUUGGGAUGAAGACAUCGGCGCUAUGCUUUCCUCAAUGCUACAAAUGGCAGGGUACACCCCCCGUAUGAAUACCUGCCAUCGUGAAGUUUUUGCAAGUUAUAUAGCGCCAUCGCUCGGAAUGCACCCCAAGUUACUAGGCUGA